CAUCUGUCAUGCAUGUUCCAAUCUAAGUAACCCUCCCUUUUUUCUCUCUGAAUCCCCCCUCAUUCCUAGGGUUUCUUCUCCUAAUUUGCAUCUAAUUCACUUUCAUUCUUCAUUUAAUAAUAAUAAUAAUCAUAAUAAUAUUUACUUUCACUUUUGCUUUGCUUCAGUUUCAAACUUUUGUUUGUUUGUUUGUGAUGGGGAAGAAGGUGACUGUGGGAGCCGCGGUGAUCGGUGGCGCUGCGGUAUGCGCUGCCGCAGCGUUUAUCGUACGCUGCCGUAUGCAGCAAAACUCGAAUCCUGUUUCGAAAUCCGGUGAUAUUGUUAAGGAACUAGAAGAACAUUGUGCGACUCCUGUUUCGAAAUUGAAGCAGAUUGCGGAUGCUAUGACUGUUGAGAUGCAUGCUGGACUUGCUUCUGAAGGUGGUAGCAAAUUGAAGAUGCUUAUCACCUAUGUUGAUAAUCUCCCCACUCGUGAUGAGCAAGGAGUGUAUUAUGCAUUGGAUCUCGGGGGAACCAAUUUUAGGGUUCUACGGGUACAGCUCGCUGGGAAGUCUGGUAUCGAAUAUAAAGAGUUUGCUGAGGUGUCAAUCCCUCCUCAACUGAUGGUUGGAACUCCAGAAGCACUUUUCGACUACAUUGCUGCAGAACUUAACAAAUUUAUUUCGAGUGAAAGUGAAAAGUUUCGUCAUCCUUCCGGCAGACAAAGGGAAUUAGGUUUCACCUUCUCAUUUCCUGUGUUGCAAUUAUCUAUUGAUUCAGGGACUCUUAUUCGGUGGACAAAAGGCUUCUCUAUUCAAGAUAUGGUUGGUAGAGAUGUCGUUGCAGAAUUGACAAAAGCGAUGGACAGGCAAGGUGUUGAUAUGCGCGUUUCUGCACUGGUAAACGAUACAGUUGGAACAUUGGCCGGAGGGAAAUACGAUAACAAAGAUGUUGCUGUAGCAGUAAUAUUGGGUACUGGAAGUAACGCAGCUUAUGUGGAACGCGCUCAAGCAAUACCAAAAUGGCAUGGCCCGCAUCCUAAAUCCGGAGAGAUGGUCAUCAACAUGGAGUGGGGUAACUUCAAAUCAUCACAUCUUCCUUUAACCGAGUAUGAUAACUCACUGGAUGCCGAAAGCUUGAACCCCGGAGAACAGAUAUUUGAAAAAAUGAUUUCUGGCAUGUAUCUGGGAGAACUUCUUCGUAGAGUUCUAUAUCGGAUGGCUAAUGAGGUUGCCCUUUUUGGUGACACGGUUCCCCCUAAACUAAAAACUCACUUCAUAUUGAGGACACCUGAAAUGUCUGCAAUGCAUCAUGACACGUCACCUGAUCUCAACGUUGUAGGGGAAAAAUUGAAAGACAUAUUAGAGAUAUCCAACACAUCUCUCUCCACAAGAAAGACAGUGGUCGAGAUAUGCAAUAUCCUCGCUACACGAGGAGCCCGCCUCGCUGCCGCUGGAAUUUUGGGCAUUCUGAAGAAAACUGGACGAGAUAGCUUUAGAGACGGUGAGCUCCCAAAUACCGUCAUUGCAAUGGACGGAGGAUUAUACGAGCACUAUAGUGAAUACCGAAACUGUCUCGAGAACACUUUGAAUGAAUUGGUUGGCGAAAAACUAGCAAAACACGUUAAACUUAUACUCUCCAAUGAUGGAUCCGGAAUUGGAGCCGCUCUUCUUGCCGCCUGUCAUUCCCAAUACAUCUAGAGUUUAUGGAUAUCGAAGAAUCUGCUCUCGAGUUUAUUCACAUACAAUAUUUUUUGGUCGGAGAUGUUACGUUGUUACUCCGAUUACUGCGGCGCCAGUAUAGUUAUUGGACACUAUUGUUGGAAUUUCCUUAGGCUAGGUGAGAUCUGUUUUGGCAAAUGGUUUUUUAUUUAUCUUGAAGAUGUAUGAGUCCAUUUAGGAAUUGAAAGUGGCAUUUCUUAUGCUACUAAUUUUGUGAUUCUUCCGUUUCGGAGGUCAUUAGUGGUUAAUAAAAACUGAGAAAUUUGAAAUA